AUCGCAGUGUGGGAUUCACUUCUUUUUCCUUUUAUUCUUUUAUUAUUCGAAAAACUUAAAUACAAAAGCAAUUUACAGAUGGAAACCUUCAAGCAGCCCACAGGAGGCAGAGGACUCUGGAAUAACCCCAGACCCUCACUGUGCAGCAAGGAGACCCAGGAAAUGCUGAAAUUGAGGAAAGAAGAAUCCAGGUUUAUGCUCCUCCAGAGAAAACAGAUCAACAGGUCCACAAACAGAGGAGCGGAUUUGUCCCGGACUUCUGAUUCCAGACCACCUCCAAGCAAAUCUGCUCAACACAGACCCAGAAUGUCUCAGAGACGCAGUGCUGAAUCCUGUCAGGCUGGGAACAGUUACGAGAGGGAAAAGUUUCACCCUGGUCCCGUACGGGAUUUGGAAAAAGAAAAGAGACGGCUUCAGAAUAUCAUGGCAACAGGAACUGAAGAGCCUGAAAUUGGCUCACCUGGAAAAUUACCUGGAAACAGCAAACGGGAAGAACCAGAGGAGACAGACCGAUUCCAGGAAGUUUUAAAUGAAAUAGAAGAAAGGAGACAGUUUCUAGCAGAUAUGGCAGCUUUGGGUCAGGAUCAUCAGUAUAGCAGCAUUAUCAAUGCAGAGAUAUCACAGAGACUUCAUGAGCUGGACAUCCUUGAUCAGGCCGGCAGUUCCAAUCAGCGAACGGAGGACUGAAAGUCACUACAGGAGAUAAUGCCUACUGAACAGAGUUGUUUAAACUGAUUUUUGCAGAAAGAAUUAAGAUAUACUUGUGAGAUGUUACUUCAAAGAACAUUUCCAAUCAUCUGCCUCAUGUUUCCGCUUUAUAAGUCAGUGAACAAAAACUUUAAAUAAACUGAGUUUAUUCUUCUCCUUAUGCAGGUCAGUACUUUAUACAAUCCAAGAUGUGGUGCUACUGAAGCCCUUUGUUUAAGCUGGACCAGUAGUCAGGCACAGGGAGAGAACAGAGGUGUGAUAACAAAACAACUACACGCACAAAUAUGUAAGAACUCUACAGACCUUCAUUCACAUGCUCAGAUAAAUAAAACAGCCUGGUCAUAAAUACAAUGCUCAAUUAAUUUUAAGGCAAUACAAACAGAAAGGCUUAUAAAAGUUAAUGAUUGUAUAAUAAAAGCCUACGUAAACCUGCUCCCUAAAGCUCAUAUAAAAUAGCAUUUUGCUUAAUA